UGAAAUGGUUAAUCCCUUUUUGGCUUUUGUUCUAGAGAGUAAUUGUGUAAGGAAACGUAUGUGCUUGUUAUUUAUUUGUUGACAUUCUCACAUUUCUAUCUCAACAUUAACAUUACCCCAAUACCUUUAAAGAGAUUCCCGUCCUAAAAGGACUAUAGGAACAUUGGGUGUUCGAUUAUGCUAUAAUUAUGAAACAAUACUAAGAUUGUUUUAAAACGAAACUAAUUCUUCAUUUCUAAUUGCGCAGCCAUCAAUUUCAGCAACAAGAUUAAUCAGAAAAGCACUCCCAGGCUCCAAACAAAUAACUGUAACACAAUCUCACCCUUUAAAAAAAACAGAAUUCCCUUUACAAUGCACCCCUGAAAUGAUCAAUGCCACCCAAACAUGCCCUUCCAAUUACUACCCAACCACAUUCAACCCUACUAACCCAUCAACCCGAACAUGCCCCGAGUACUUCAAAUGGAUCCACGAAGACCUCCGGCCUUGGAGAGACACCGGCAUCACUAAGGACAUGGUUGAAGCAGCUAAAGAAUUCGCGUUUUUUAGACUAGUUGUGGUUAAUGGUAAGGUAUAUUGGGAAAAAUACAGAGAUACUUAUCAAACAAGGGAUGUUUUUACCAUUUGGGGAAUACUGCAGCUUCUAAGACUUUAUCCAGGGAAGCUACCGGACUUGGAUAUCAUGUUCGAGGCAGGGGAUGUUCCUGUGGUUCGCAAGAGUAACUACACCGGACAUGAAUCAAAUGCUCCUCCUUUGUUUCACUAUUGUGGAGAUGAUGAUACUCUUGAUAUAGUGUUUCCUGACUGGUCUUUUUGGGGCUGGCCAGAAAUUAAUAUAAAGGGUUGGGAAGGAUUGAAGAAGGAUUUAGCAGAAGGAAACAAUAGAGUUCCAUGGAUGAAUAGGUUACCUUUUGCCUUUUGGAAAGGGAAUGCUGAUAUGGGUGACAGAAUUAAGCUUCUUCAGUGCAAUUCUACUGACCAGUGGAAAACUCAGAUUGCUACUCAGGAUUGGGAGCAAGAAACUAAGCUUGGGUUCAAGUCAUCAAAUUUAGCUGACCAAUGUGUCCAUAGGUACAAGAUCUAUAUUGAAGGAAUCGCGUGGUCUGUCAGUGAGAAAUAUAUUCUAGCAUGUAAUUCUCUAGCACUCCUUGUAACACCUAAGUGGUACGAAUUUUUUACAAGAAGCUUAAUACCCAUGAAGCAUUUUUGGCCUAUUAAUCCUAAUCCUGAGAACUUAUGCAAGUCCCUGAAGUUUGCUGUUGAUUGGGGUAACAAGCAUAAAGAAAAGGCACAAAAGAUUGGAAAAGCGGGCAGCAAAUUCGUUCAAGAACAAUUAACCAUGGAAAAUGUCUACGACUAUAUGUUUCAUUUGCUGAAUGAGUACGCGAAACUUUUAAGGUAUAAACCAACUGUGCCACCAGGAGUUAAUGAAACGUGCUCGGAGGAAAUGGCUUGCCUUCAAGAAGGGCUACAAAAGCAGUUUAGACUAGACAAUAUGGUUAAGGGUCCUUCUAAUACAAACCCAUGUAUAUUAGAACCUCCUCAAGCACCUCAAGUUAUUAAGGCUUUCUUAGAAAAACAAGAUAGUGUAAGAAGGCGCGUGGAUGGGUGGGUGGCACAGGGGAGUUCUAGCGAAGAUUUAUGAGGUUAAGGCGAAACAGAUAUUAAGAAAAUGGACGCGCAGGAGGAGGAGGAGGAGGAGGUGGUGGUGGUAGGAAUUAAUAUGCACCAACAAACGUUACAACCUUGGCCAAAGUCUAGCAACAAAAGGAAACACGUACAUGUACGCCUCCUAGAAGGAUUUGUUAAGUUGACGACAUAUUCAGGCUCCAACUUUGCAUGGCAGAUUAACCUAAUUAAGCUUAAAAUGUUGUUAUAAAAUGGAAAAAGAAAAAAAAAAAAAAAAAAAGAAAGAAAGAAAAAAUGGAAUAUGGUUACAUUUCAAUUGAAAGGGGAUCAAAGAGCUUCAGAUCUUCAGACAAUGAAUAUAUACGGAGUAACAGUUUUUUUUUUUUUGUUAGUGACAACUUGUUUGUACUCCUUGUGUACUUUUAAAUAGAUUGUGUCUCGUAUUUUUUUUUUUUUUGAAACAAGAAGAGCGGGAAUUAUAAUUGCAAAUCAAAAUCCGUCAAAGUAGUUAUACUUUGGGGAACGAGUUCAAACAAACUAGUUCAUCAUUACCCUUCGCAUUCCAUCGAGCGACUUAUUGAGCCAUGUAAACUACUUUUUGUUGUUUUGAUUGGAAUAUUUGUGUCAUAAUAUUUCGUCCAUUUCUUAUUAGUUAACAUGGUGUCGAAAUCGACGCAAAUUAGAUAACAUAGUUUGAUCAUGGUAGGAGAUUUAAUCUGAACUCGUGAUUUAUUGUACAGGUACCAUCAGUCUUAAUCACUAGAUCAAAAUCUUAUAAGUUAGUCUAUACAAUAUUCUCUUGCUCCAGUGGGAUGUAUCAUUGGGCGGAGUGCUUAUCCCUAACUAAUCUUAU